CGCACGCGAGGAGGAGUCCAGGCGUGGGUUCAAAGCCAGGUUCGCAGAUCACGUGUGAAAGUGGUUUGGGACGAUACAGAGAGAGAGAGAAAACAAGGGCCCAAGCAUGAUCCGAAUCCAGAUCUUGGAGGGGAAAGCUUUUGUGUGGAAUUACGCUGAUGCCCGGCGGAUCCGAGAGGAGCAUCACAUUGUGGGCACACUGGUGGGGGCGUUGGCUCGGAAGCCACGGCAAAACGUGCGGCUGGGGCUUCCCCUACAGCUGCUCCCGGAAGAGGCCCAAUUGCUGGCGGAAAAAGGGUUGGCAGUCCUGUUUAAAACCACGGCAUCCCACCCCCUUGGAGAGGAUACAAGCCAGGAUCCCUCCUCGUCCCUGGAGGUGGCUGCGUACCGAAAAGGGCUAGAGGAGAACUAUCAGGAGCAGCUCAGGCUUGCUGCUGAACAGAGGAAAACUGUACUGGACACUCUUGCCCAACGCAUAGCUGACGGCAGGGCAAAGAAGCGGCGGCAGAAAGAGGAAGGAGCAGAUCCUCCCUUGAAGCCUGCAGAUUUGGAACCCAGUUUUGUGCUUCCCCAAGAAUCUAUGAUGAUCCAACUCCUGACAGAACGGGCCCAGCCAGGCCAGGAAGAGGAGGUGGCCUGGCAUGUGCCCUCCCAAGACUGGCCUUAUGCCGGACAACAGGACCAUGAGAUGCGUUGCUGCAUUUUCCGGAACCUCUGGGAACAGGGCUACUAUGUCACCAGCGGGAGCAAAUUUGGGGGUGACUUCCUCGUUUAUCCAGGCGACCCAAUGCGCUUCCACGCCCAUUACAUUGCCCUCUGCGUUCCUAAAGAUGCAUCCCUCUCCCUGCAUGACAUCAUCAGCGCCGGGCGGCUUGGCACCAACGUUAAGAAGACUGUUCUGCUCUGUUCAGUGGACCAGGAUGGGGCUGCAGUAUAUACAUCCUUGCAGUGGACUGGGAUGCAGUGAGAACGGACUCCCCGGGGGUGGAUGUCCGAGGUUUGCCAUUCCAACCGUAUGGAGGGGCUGAAAUCAUUGGGCUGCAGCAAGAUCAGUCAUCUCAUCUUCCCAUGUUCUGCCUCGCUCACCGUUGACAUUAACAUCACCAUUACGUAAGUGCUUGUUCAUAGGACCCGCAUGUUGGCGGGGGCAAGCACUGCAUACAGAAACAGAGACUGUGGGAGGAAAAACUUAAGACCAUAUUCCUGCAGCAUUAUAAAAGGAAUUUUGCUUUUCGGAGCUGCCUUGAACGAUGUAUUUGUGUCCACUCAGCAUCAGUAAGACCAAAGGGCUCCUGCUGUAUGAAUCAAGAAGCAGGGGGAGGGGAGGUUUGG